CUUUAAUUCUUUCCUUCGUUUUUGUACUCUCCUGAAAAAUGGCACUGCUUCACUAUACUAUUUGUUUCUGUCCGACAUUUUGAGCAGUUACCUGUUCUCUUUGCAUUUCUCGAGAGCAGUUGUUGCAGGAGAGGAGUCUUCACUGGGGCACUUUCUUGGCCGGAGACAGCAAUGCUGCCGGCGAACGGUGACAGAGCUGGGCCAAGCUCCGGCAAAGAUGACUCUGUAGACACCGUGAAGAAGAGCAAUAGGCCUCAGCCUCGUCCAUUUACGCAGCAAGCAAUUCCAGCAUGUAAGCCUAUACUGACGCCCCAGGUGGUUAUUCCUGUACUGGUGUUUGUGGGCUUAAUUUUCAUUCCAAUUGGCCUUGCAUGUAUUGCAGCUUCAAAUAAGAUCGUUGAAUUGGUUGAUCGUUAUGAUAAAAAAUGUGUACCGCGGAACAUGCUUCACAAUAAAGUUGCUUAUAUCCAAAAUUCAUCAAUAGAUAAGACCUGCACAAGGAUCUUCAAGGUCCCGAAAGAUAUGAAGAGGCCAAUCUACAUAUAUUAUCAACUUGAUAAGUUCUACCAAAACCACAGAAGGUAUGUGAAGAGCCUCAACGAUCUGCAGCUGAGUAAUCGGAAGAAUGUGAAUGACACACAAUACUGCAGCCCUGAAGCUACUGCAAAUGGUAGACCUAUUGUUCCUUGUGGUCUCAUAGCUUGGAGCCUGUUCAAUGACACAUACAGCUUCACUCGUGGCAAUGAGACUUUGAGAGUGAACAAGAACAGCAUUUCGUGGAAGAGCGAAAGGGAUCACAGAUUUGGCAAGAACGUGUAUCCUAAGAACUUUCAGAAUGGGACUCUGAUUGGUGGAGGGCAGUUAAAUCCAAGCAAACCUCUGAGUGAACAGGAAGACCUGAUCGUCUGGACGAGAAUAGCAGCACUGCCAACCUUCAGAAAGCUGUAUGGUAAAAUCGACAUGGAUCUCCAAGCCGGCGAUCAUGUAGAAGUGACCAUGCAGAACAACUACAACUCGUACAGCUUCGACGGCAAGAAGUCACUGGUGAUAUCCACCGCCGGUUGGCUAGGAGGGAAGAACGCCUUCCUCGGCCGUGCCUACGUGAUAGUCGGCUUGGCCUGCUUCCUGCUGGCACUGCUGCUUACAUUGCUCUGCGUCGUCUUCCCCAUGAAAGAGGAGCAUCUGUCGCUGCACUAUCUUCCUGCUCGCCUUGUCCGAUGAUUAAGCAGUUGGGAAUGGCAAUGAUGGAUCUUUUGGACCAUGGAUUUUGGCAACCA